AUGUCCUGGUUCAGUGGAAAGAACUCAGUUCCCUUGGAAAACAAAAUUAAUGAGGCAACAUCCGAGUUUAUACCCGACGGAGAAAUCGACCUAGAGGUUUCUCUGGAGAUCACCGAUAUAAUACGAUCCAAACAGGUUACUCCUAGGGAUGCAAUGAGAGCUCUGAAACGUCGAUUCAUGGGUUCCAACAAUCCCAAUAUACAGAAAUCCAGUAUCAAACUUAUUGACUUUUGUAUCAAAAAUGGGGGAAUACAUUUUGUCCAAGAAAUCAGUACCAAGGAGUUUCUGGAUCCCAUUGUAUUGAAACUACAUGAUAAGAGCCUAAACUCUGAGGUGAAGGCUCUAAUUUUAGACUCCAUCCAAAACUGGUCGAUUUUAUUCAGCACUAACCCCAAAUUGGAGUACGUGACAACCAUUUACAAUAAGCUCCAAGAUGAGAAGAUAUUCGAAUUUCCCUCAAUAUAUCACACCGAGACCAUUGGAGCAAGUUUUAUUGAAUCUGAGGUUGCACCAGAAUGGAUGGACUCAGAUGCUUGUAUGAUAUGCUCCGAUUUAUUCACCAUGAUAAACAGGAAACACCAUUGCCGUUCAUGUGGGGGAGUAUUCUGUGGACAACAUUCUGCAAAGAGAUGCAAGCUGCCAAAACUGGGCAUCACCCUACCGGUCAGAGUAUGUGAUAACUGCUAUGACCAGCAUAAGUCAAGAAAACAACGCCACAAGAAUUCAAACUCAGUGACGACCGCUGCCGCACCUUCUGACGCGGAUAUGGAUGCUGAUUUGAAACUGGCAAUCGAACUCUCAUUAAAGGAUAGCGGUGGUUCACAAUAUCCUGUGCCUGUUGCUGGUCCAAAAGUAUCUUCCACCGUUAAAGUUGAUGACGACGAUGAAGAAAUGAAAGCUGCGAUUGAAGCAAGUUUAAAAGAUUUGAAGCAAUCCCAGCCAUCCAAUCCACAUACCCAGACUGAAGAUGAGACACCAAAUUAUUAUGCAAAUCUUCUUCCAACUGCAAGUGUAGAUACGACUCCGAUUUCUAACCAGCAGCCUGAAGUUGUAACUUAUAGACCAGCUAAUGAGAUUCCCAUAUCAGAAGAAGAGAAGAGGUUCAGGCAAAACGAAGUUACUGGAGGCGAAGUGGCAGAUAUCCAUUUGUUCAGUACUUUAGUAGAAAGAUUGAGGGAGCAACCGACUGGAUCAGUGCUGCAGGAUCAAGAACUUCAAGAUUUACAUUCCAAAGUUACACUUAUGAGACCCAAGUUGAAUAAGAGCGUUGCGGAUUCGGUUCAAAAGUAUGACCAAUUUGUUGACAUGUAUUCAAAGAUCGACACGAUUACCAGGCUUUACGAUGAAUUGUUAGAAAUAAGACUAGCUCAUGUGACGGGGAGACCGCUACACCCACAAUCUACUGGAAGGAGCUCCAUUCAUUACCGCCAACCAGGUUCUCGAUUUUCAUCAAUUGAUCAUUCCUCUCAGCAUCCACUACAGGAUCCUACUCAUCACAUUCAGCAACCAUAUUACGAACCAUCCAAUGAUAGCCAGCAUCCUCCUGCAUUAGCACUGAGUUCAGAACCUCCAGGAGACUUAAAGUAUCCUUCUGAGCCUGCUCAAUAUCAGGUAUCACCACCGUCUAGAAGACAAAGCUAUCAGAGUCACUCCUCCUACCCGGCGCCACCUCAACUAGCAAAGAUAGACUCGGGUGUACCGCAACACGCAUCAAACUCAGUCUACCCGGCUCCACCUCUGCUUGCUAGGAUCGAUUCGACUUUAUCACGGGACACAUCUCACUCUAAUUAUCCGCCUGAGCAACUUCCUUAUCCGCAACCAGGAUAUCCAAGUUAUCAGCAAAAUGUACCAAUGUAUGAAGGCUCCCCUAAAGAUACUAGAAGUCCCGCAGAAUUUAGCCCAGAGUACUCAAAUAUUCCUGAGUCUGCGGAAACUCCACUCGGCUACCCACAACCACCAUAUGAGGCUCACCCUGAGCCAUAUUCGCCGCAGUACAGUUACGAUAAAUACGAUCAGAGGGAAGUUCAAAGGCAUGACAGCGUUCGAUAUAAUCCAGCACCUAGCUACCCAAACAGUGGUUAUUCAUAUCCUAGAGCUGAUCAGAACCAGAACCAAAACCAACAUCAAAUCAAUGCUGUCAAUAGGGAACAAGCUACUACCUGGCCUCAAGUUCCGCAAAAUAGUCCACCGCCGGUUCCUACAGUCGAAGCCAAAGAGCCUGAUGCGCCUUUGAUAGAACUCUAA